CUCAGGCUCACCACCCACCACUCCAUCCCCAUGUCAGACACAAAGCGUCUGACGGGCUUUCGAAGCAAAGGAAAGCGACUUGUGAUAGCUGUUUUAUGCAUUAUUUGCUCUGUGGUCUUCCUGCUGUCUCUCCACUCUUCCAACCCUCUCUCGGCAUCAACAACGCGACCUUCCGGGUCGAGCAGGAUCUUUGAAUUGUCUUCGACAGCCGAAAGAAUCGACCAUUACCUUCAUAAACAAGCACCCGCUGAAACGGUUACAAUCACCGUGACCACGGUUUGGCAAGCAGUCCCCACAACCACGGCCUCUGAGGAAAUCGGAGGAAAUUUCCUUCGAUCGACUCACGCAACACCAUCUUUCCGCGAGAACUUGCGACCAGAGUUGAAGUACGUAUCCAGUUGGCCAGCAUUCGGAUGGACAAUCAAGUAAUCGAAUCCAUGAAUUUGCUCUACCUGGCUCUCAUUACCGAACGUGUUCCGAUCAUACCUGCCUUUUCGCCCUUCACCAGCUCGCAUGUAAAAAGCGAAGAAUAUGUCGAGUUCAGUGAAGUCUUUGAUUUGCCCCACUUGGAGAAGAUGAUGAAGACAAAGAUUCUGGAGUGGCACGAGGUCAAAGAUCCGUACAGCGAGACUAUGGAGCCCCUAGGAUGCUGGAACCUUGAAAAACUGUCGAGCGAAGUGAUGGUACUCAGCGUUCCUCCUGCUAAUCUGAACCUUGACAUCUCGUACACCACCCCGCCCAAAUGGACUAAAGCUUAUCCUGACAAUCCAAGCGAUCCCCAGACCAAGUUUUGGUCACUAGCCACCCUCGGUUUCUCUGACACGCAACCGAACGGACUGAUACCCGAAGUAUCCCUCGUCGGGCAGAAGUCUUUGCCCGCAGAUCAGCAGCUGUUAUGUUUCGACAAUCUUUUGUUCGUUUGUGCGCACGAGCCAUGGGAGUUGGGGAAGAUGUACUCGCCCGUUUGGCGCUUCGUCGGACAGCAUAUGCGCUGGCAUGAACGGAUCCAGACGAUCGCCAACGAUUUCAUCAGACAAGCGCUGGGAGUUGAAGCUGACGCACGGUUCCUCCGACGGGGAGACUUCAGAGAGCAAUGCCUCGAUUUGGACCCGAGUAUUUGCCUCGCCCCGUUGUUGUUGUACGAGAUCCAAGUCGAAGCAGUCAAGGAAGAGCUGCUGGCGAUGAAAGGAAUCAAAGUUGACCAUGUGUUCGUUACAUCUGACGAAGAGGACCCUAGCUGGUGGGAGACAGUUUACGAACGAGGAUGGAAGACUUUGGAUCAUAGUGCGAUACUGACUCAGCAUGGACCCUGGUACCCUGUCUUUAUUGACGCCGUCUUGGGCUCUGGAGCUGCUGGAUUUGUUGGAACAUAUACCUCAACAGUAUCCAUGCUUGCAAUGAUUCGGGUAACCGCAUGGAACAAUGGUGUGAAUCGCUCUGUGCGGUGGGGACAUCACAUGACGCAAGAGGAUCUCAAAGCCCUGACCAAGCAGCAAUGA